AUGACAUUUAUCGUAUCACUAAGCAGACAUAAACUUUUGACUACUCUUGGGAUAGGAGCAAUUACCACAGUCACUUGGUAUAAAACAAGAAGUGAAUGGUCUCCACAUAUAGUACCUACAAAUUUUACCAACUAUAAUCCACAGAAUCAAAAUGUCUCACAAUCCAUCCACAAACUACCGUCUAGAGAAGAACUCUUACACAAGUUAACAGACAAAUCUACUGUAUUUGACGUACUAAUCAUUGGUGGUGGAUCUGCUGGUACAGGCUGUGCACUGGAUGCUCAGAGUAGAGGACUUAAUGUCGCACUGGUGGAACAAAACGAUUUUGCAAGUGGCACGUCCUCAAAAUCUACUAAACUAGCUCAUGGUGGUGUCAGAUACUUAGAGAAAGCUUUUACUGAGUUCUCCAAAGAUCAACUGAAUUUAGUCAUUGAAGCUUUAAAUGAAAGAGCUCAUCUUUUAAACACCGCUCCUCACCUCUCAAAAGUGUUGCCAAUCAUUAUCCCUAUAUACAACUAUUGGCAAAUACCUUACUAUUAUCUAGGUUGCAAAUUUUAUGAUCUUUUUGCAGGCAAUCAAAAUCUUAGAAAAUCCUUCGCUUUAUCUAAAAAUCAAAUGAAUCACAUAGCCCCCAUGCUAGACCAAACUAACUUGAAAUUAGGUCUUGUUUAUCAUGAUGGAAUAUUCAAUGACUCUAGAUUUUGCUUAUCUUUGGCUAUGACUGCAAUUAGCUAUGGUGCAACUGUGAUGAAUUAUAUCCAAGUGGUUCAAUUACUAAAGGACUCCACUACUGGUAAACUACUUGGUGCAAAAUUGAAAGAUAGAGAAACAGGUCAGAUAUUUACCGUUAAAGCUAAGACUAUUGUUAACGCUACUGGUCCCUUCAGUGAUGCAAUUCUACAAAUGGAUAAUAAUAAAGAUGGUUUCCCCGACAAAAUAAACACUAUUUCAGAUGCUACUAAUACCGCUAUUAAUAUACUGGAUGAACAACCAACAAUCGCUGUUAGAAACCCUAAAAUGGUAGUUCCUUCAGCAGGUGUUCAUAUAAUAUUACCAUCCUAUUAUUGUCCCAAGAAUAUGGGGCUAUUAGAUGCAAGCACUGAAGAUGGUAGAGUCAUGUUUUUCUUACCAUGGAUGGGUAAAGUUAUUGCAGGUACCACAGACAUACCAUUAAAACAAGUCCCAAGUGAUCCUACUCCGACAGAAUCGGAUAUCCAAGAUAUUUUGAAAGAAUUACAGCACUAUAUUAAGUUUCCUGUAAAAAGAGGAGAUGUUUUAAGUGCCUGGGCUGGCAUUAGACCAUUAGUUAAGGAUCCAAGAUUGAGCACUGAUCAAGCUGAUAUCCCAAGCCGUAAAGAGGCCACUCAAGGCCUAGUCAGAUCACAUUUUUUAUUUACCUCCCCUAGUGGGUUGAUCACAAUUGCUGGUGGCAAAUGGACCACUUUUAGAGAAAUGGCAGAAGAGACCAUUGAUGAGGUAAUCAAAGUAGGUGAAUUUAAUACAAUUCAAAAUUUGCAACCAUGUCAUACAAAGAAUAUAAAAUUAAUUGGAUCACAGAAUUGGGAUCUUAAUUAUGAGGCUUUCUUGCAACAGACUUACCAUAUUUCUCCAGUCAUGGCUGAAUAUUUAUCAAAUAAUUAUGGUGACCACUCACCGAUAAUCUGUGAAUUAUUUAAAAAUGAUCCACAGAAUAAAUUACCAUUGACAAUGGCUGGUAGUACUGGAUGUGAUAGCAGUGCGUUUGAUUAUCCAUACACAAUAGGUGAAUUGAAAUAUUCUAUCCAUAACGAAUAUACAAGGACUCCAUUAGAUUUCUUAGUAAGAAGAACAAGAUUCACCUUUGUAGAUGCUAACGAAUCACUUAAGGCUUUAGAAGGUACAAUAAAUAUCAUGGCUAAAGAGUUAAAUUGGGGUUCAUCAAUGAAAAAUCGUGAAUUUGAAAGAGCUAAAAAUCACAUUCUUACUUUUGGCAUUUAA